AUGCUGCCGCGCUCGCAUCACCGCCUCCGUCUCGUCCUCGUCCUCGUGGCGCUGGCCGGGGUGGCCGUCGCCCGCGUUAGCGGUGGCAAGGAGGAGGAUGCCGCCUGCGACGCGGCGAACCGCCCGGACGAGGCCUUGCUCCGGCCGGACCGCCUCACGGUGCUCCUGAGCGGGUACUCGGAGCGUCGGCUUCCGCUCCUCCGCGCCAUCGCGGGCGCGUACGCCGCGCACCCGCUGGUCCUCGCCGUGGUCGUGCUCUGGUGCAACCCCUCCACCCCCGACCGCCUCCUCCUCCGCGGCGGGUUCCCGCCCCGCGUCACGCUCCGCCGCGCCGCCUCCGCGUCCCUCAACUCCCGCUUCCUCCCCGACCCCUCCAUCCGCACAGCCGCCGUAGCCGUCGUGGACGACGACGUCCUCCCCGACGCCGCUGCGCUCUCCUUCGCGUUCGCUGCCUGGCAGGCGGCCCGCCCGGGCUCCCUCGUCGGCUUCUUCCCGAGGUCGCACCACCUCGACCUCGCCCGCGGGCGGUGGAUGUACACGGCGGCGCAGCCGGGACGGUACUCCAUGGUGCUCACCAAGUUCAUGAUCCUCGGCGCCAACCUCCUCUACAAAUACUCGUGCUCGCCGGAGCUCGUGGCCGCGCGCGCCGUGGUGGAUCGGGAACGCAACUGCGAGGACAUCCUCAUGAACUUCGUCGCCGCCGAGGAGACCGGCGAGGGGCCGGUGCUCGUGGAGGCCGGCAGCGUCAGGGACUGGGGCGACCCCAGGAACGACGCGAACGCCGGCGCCGGCGAAGGAGGCGCGAUGAAGGACGUUGGGCUGAGCUCCAGAGGCGGGACGGGGCACUGGGAGAAGAGAGGGGAGUGCAUCACGGCGUUCCACCGGCUGCUGGGAAGAAUGCCGCUGCGGUACAGCUACGGGAAGGUGGUGGAGGCGGCUGUGGGUGAGCAGGGCCUCUGCAGCAAAGGCGGCCGCCUCGUCCGGUGCGACCAGGAGUAGCCUAUGCCUGCCUACGGCCCGGCCGGCCCGCACGGCAAGCAGUGUUAUGGAUAUGGUGUUGAAAUCCGAUUCAAAUUCGGGUGUUAGAUUCGGCAAAGAAAAUUUAAACAUGUAAACUACAAUUUGAAAUUUGACACGGUGUCGGAGUCCGACUCGAAUUUGAAUUGUUAGAUUCGAAAAAAAAUGAACACGGAUGUCUAGAUAACACUGGCGACAAGCCUUCAGCCAUCACUGUCAACAUCUUGCUACAAUUGCAACAUUUGAUUUGGAGAUGUAUUCUGGGUUUACAUCAAUACGAAUUGUAAUGUUCUAUCAAAAUCAAUACGAAUUGCAAUGGUCUAUCAGAAUCAAUACGAAUUGUAAUGUUCUAUCAGAAUCAAUACGAAUUUUGAUGUUCUAGCAAAAUCGAUACGAAUUGUAUUGUUCUAUCAGAAUCAAUA